GGAGAGCGAGCAGCGGCGCGAAAUUCAAAAAGCCUAAAUUUACACCUACACUACUUGAACGAAUAAAACGAACUGAACAGAAGGAGAGAUGGAAAUCCCCAGGGGAUAUUUUCGGCGCCGAAAGAAUGGCAAAGUUUGACGCGUAACUUUCUAUACCCGGCAAAAUUUUUGAUGGAGGCUUGUCAGCGUGCUUGGUUUUCCAGGAGUAAAAUUUCACUCCUGUGGGUGAUAAUGGCAGUUUUUCGUUGCUCCCACUGGAUCGAUGUCUUCGCGGGGAUGAGAUUGCUUAAACUUUUCCGGGAUGAUCACUCGCGGAAAGAAAAAGAAAGAAAGGUAUAGGUUAAUGAUUUUUUGUGGAAAAAGGCUCGGCUGGGAUAUUGAAAAUCUUGGAAAUUAAAAUCCGCUGCGCGGCUGAAACGUUAUUCGAAAGGCCGAGAAGUAAGUAAUUUUCUUAAGAGGCCAGAAUGAAAAUUAUCCCAUAGCUGUGAGGCUCUUCAAAGGAAACACAUCAAAGCUUCUGAUCGUAAGUAGAGAAAAGAUAUGAACAUAAUUUGUCUCACUGAACAGCAUUUGAUAACUUAAUAACUCAAUUCGACAUUUAAUUUAGAUAACAAUUAAAAAUUUAAAAGAACCACUCUAUAGCACUUUAAAUGAGCCUCCAAUUUUAACCGACUCUUGGUAAAUUUCAAUCCCUCCGAAACUCCACUCUUUCACUCUAUUAACAGCCUUCACCCCAAUUACCCUUCGAAAAACCGGCCCUCUCUCUCUCUCUCUCUCUCUCUCUCUCGCUCUCUCCAAACCCAUCCAUCCACCCCCGCCAUCAUAAACAAACGCAUCUACCCCUCUAUUUCCCAAAGAGACAGCUAAUCCGAUUCUUAAUCCUCGCCCCCACUUUCCCCCUCAUACUAUAUAUACCUUACGAAAAAAGAAGAGAAGACAACGCUGGAAUCCUUAUCAGGCAAGAAUAAGGCAGAGAGGCAGGGAUGUAUGGAGGGAGGGUGAAAGAGAGAGAGAGAGAGAGAGGGAGCGCACGUGUGCGCGCGUCUUCUCGAGGGUGGGGGUGGCGGCGGCGGUAGUAGUAGUAGAAGCGAGAGAGAGAAUGCUACUGGGAAGAUGCAGCCGCAGACGCCGCCGAGCUGCUGCCCUAUUCGCGCGCGUCAACGCAGUGCGGCCGCUUUCUCUCGGAUACUUCGGGCUUAUAUAUUGAUAGAUUUUUCGCUUGUGCCGAGAGUUCAGUGCGUUGAUACGUGAUUGUGAUUUUGAUUUUUCGAGGGAGAAACGUGGAGCUCUACUGUGACAUUCUCUUGAUUUUUUUUUCUGUUCAAAAAACGUAAUAAUCGUGCGACGUAUCAUUUGAAGGAUCAUCGAGAUUCUAAAAAGCGAAGGUGCUUGACGAGUUUUGCCCGUGAAGUUUUUAAUUUCUCGAAUAUUCAUUUGAAUAAAUUUGAAUGAGAAAACCAAAAAUUUCAAAUUAAAAUCGGCUUGAAGAUCGCGAUGUACGCGGUAAUAUAAAAGUACAGCGAGAUCGAAAGGUUGAAGAUUUUCAGCCAUGCACAGAGGUUAAUACCGCUCGCAAGUUCGGAUUACACUUAGAACACAGUGCCAUUCAGCCGUAUAGUAACCGACGGAUAAGCUCGGAAAGCUUUUGUUGGGUAUUUGAAUAAUUCCGCAAUAAUGCUAUGACAGUGAAAAAAAACAGAGGAAGAAGUUCUCGGUUGCAUGGACACUUUCCUUUCACGUGUUCCAGUAGGGCUCCACAACGUCAGAAUUAAUUUCGCUGCCUCAACAGUGUGCAAAGUGAAAGGAAAAAUCAUGUGCAAGUGCCUCUCUAUGAAUUUCACGUGAAGAUAGAGAGAAGUGCUGUGCCAAGUUCCGCAAGAUCUCGUCAUGGAAUCUCGUAUUGUCUAACCGUAAAAACCAUGAUCUAUAGGCGUUUGUAAGUCUGGGAAAUUUUAAACAAAUCUGCUAACUACUUUGAAUUAGUGCUAUGAGGACUAGCCGAAUCACGAACAAAACGAAAAAUUUUUUAAUAAUAGCUUCGCUGAAAAUUCCAUAGUAGAGUAACGCUAGAUUAAAAUAUACUAAGCCGUAAUGAACUCACGAAAUAAAACAAAAAUACAUAAAUAAUAAACCUGUAUAAAUCCUCGACCUUCUCUACAGCACUCGAUGAAUAAAUAAAAAAAAGAGCGAGAGCAACUGAAGUACCGAAUUCAAUGAGCUCGCACUGCUAUAAAUAAUCGCGUUGAUAUAUAAAAUACGGAAAAGGAGUGAGCGCUCGACAAUAAUGGAUAUGCUAAUCCGGAUUUGCGCUGGCUGGUGCGCAAGCUCGCGCGCCCAGAAAAAAAGUCCUUAAAUCGCGUUACUAAAUAUCCCUCUGGCAAGCUGCGGUUUGCUCCAUUCGCGCUAAAACGAUCAAGUUCGAGAAGUAAAGGGAUUUCCUAAGCGAAACCCUCGAUCACUUUAUUAUUAUAGUCAAUAAAAAUAUAGAGUACGCAAAUCAGUGGAAAAUACAGGCAUUGGUCAGACGAUCGUUGCCAUUGAUCGAUGCGAGAGGGGAUAACCCAUACAGUGCGCGCUUCAUUGUCCACACUUUGAAUGCAUAUUUCGAAACUUUUACGGUAUGGGUCAGUAGGUGAAUUGCUUCCGCGCGGGAAAACGACUGUUUUCGAGAGCGAGCUGGUAUGAUUGUAUGCAAAAUUUAAUUGGAUCCGAGAUUUUUGAGCGAAUGCCGAAACUGAUUUUCUUUUUCUGACAAUAUUCUACUUUUGUUCAGCAUUUUAGGUCAAAAUAUUAGAGACAAUUUCAGCGACACUGUAAAUCUUUUCCGUACACUGCUUAUAUGACGUUCCGUAGCAGAAACAUCGUUUGCAAUUAGUGCACCGCAAUGAAGGAAUACACCGAAAUACUUCCCUCUAAUUAUCCGUCCAGCACUUCUCACAUUAACGCGACCAUAAAUCAGCGGGAAAAUCCCUCCCGCAGCACAUUACGAGAAAAGGUAUAAUAUUGCAGGUACGUGCAGAUCAGCAGUCUCGAACCACAUCUCAUCUCUCGAGAAAAAAAAAUAAAGCGCGGACGGUCGUUUUUAUCUAACUAAAAGUUGGCUUAUAAAAUAAAUCGACGACGAAGUAAGUGUGGGGAGAGGAAGUCGCGUCCCAGAGGAGGAGCCGCGAAGACGUCACCAGAGAAGAAUAAUACCCACUACUCCUUCUCUCCCUUUUCGACCCUUCGACUCGAUCAGAUAUAACAGACGCGCAGGUCGAUAUCCAAUCAGAUAAGGCGUAUUCUCCGAGCCGAUCCGUUAUCGCAAUGAUAUCAUGUGCUACGCGCUCUCUCUGUAGUGAGACUAGUCCUAACUGCCGGAGAGAUGGUCUGACUACUGCGGGAUAGGUUAUUUAUACUGUAGGAGAAAGCGCUCGAGAGAGAGAGAGAGAGAGAGAGGUGGCGCUAUACUGCUGGCAAGGCAUCAAGCUUUUUACUGCGUUUUUCCUAUCGGUGCGUAUUAUAUAUACGUUGACGUCGCGCAAAAAAUGACACAGUUAUGCCGGGCCGCAGAAUAAAACAAGAUCGAAGCUUGCAAUUUGAGAAGAGGGAUGUGUGUGUGUGUAAGGGAUGAAUCUAAUGAUUUUUUAAGUGAUCGAUAAGAUUCGAGGCCGGUCGCGAGAGACAAAAACAGCCGCACGUGCUAGUCAGCAGUUUUUCGAAGAGAGUGAAAAUAGUUUUGCUAAAGAGAGACGGGGACUUGAUACACGAUCAAACUACUUUUCCGCGUAAAAAGCUGGCGCGCGAAAUAUAAAUGCAGUCUAUAUACAUAUGGUAGCUUGCAAAAGUUGUCGUUUCUCACGCGAAAACGCCCGCAGCGCCCACUUUCCUUUGCAAAACUCGAAACCGGAAUGUAAGAAGUUUGCGUUAAAGCGCACGAUACGUGCGCGUAUUCGCAGCAUCUGCCCAGCAUAUUUACAAAAUUUUUCCAUCAUGGCAAAAACUUUGGGCAUUUGAACACUAGCUCGAAUAGAUCCAUUGUUGUAGACAAAACACCAUUGAAACCCAGUAAGGAACUCACUACCACUCUUCUUCCAAAUUUCAUUCGAUGUCUAUAUAAUACAAAAGAUCCCUAAACACGGCUUCCGGCACGCUCUCGGUUUUUCGUGCGGAUAAUUUCAGGCUAACAAGGCGCGUAAAUAUAGGUAGGCAUACACUAUAGGAGGCAUCGCUCCGUACAGCAUAGAUACAUGUAUAUCCGUGCACGUCGAUCGCUGCAAAAAGCUUCCCCGACGAGAGGGAUAGCAGGGGAGCAACUUGGCACGAUGCCUCAUCGAAUAUGCACCUCUCCGCGCCCGGAUGUAUCCUCGUAUAGUGGGUGUAGUGUAUUCGGGAGAAAGAAGAGGCUGUCGAAAGGAUGCCGGAUUGGUGUAUACACAAGAUAAAUUAUUUAUCAAAUGCGAGCCGGGCUGGCGUUGUUUGCCUUGCAAGACGAGGAACUGCCGAUGCGUUAAUAUACUUAUAUGCUUGUUAGGUUGGGGUUCGAUUUACUAGGGCAAGGUGAUAAUUACACCGUUUAACGAUUUGUUCUAGGAUACUCUCUACAAUUAUUCUCAUUUUAAUUUUUUCAUCAAUGUGAAGUAAGAUGAUCACACCUUACGUAUCGAAUAUUUAAAAUAAUUUAACCCUCACCUCGAAAAAAACUAACAAGCCAAGCAAAAAAAAUCGAUCCAUGCCUUGCAACCAAUUAGCCCCAGGGUCGAGAUGACUUUGUUCCUCUCUAUCCCAAUACACCCGACCCUCCAUACUAUGUAACAAACUUUCAUUUGGAUCGGACAACCACUCGACGGCACUACUCCACCCAAUCCAACCCCCAGCUGAACCCACAGCCCUCACACACACACAUGCAAACCUGCGCCAAUUUUUAUUCUCUCAGCACUUCUUGACUCGUCACAGCUACACGACACAUGUAUACAUAUGUACGCAAAAGUUUGGCGAAUGUGUGUCGAUAGCGAAAUUUUUAUCGGUCGCAACUUACGCUCCGAUACGUCCUGGCCUCAUAUAAUGGACAGACGCGAUGCCGUGUUAGAAAUUACACGAGUCAGUUGUUGGCGGGAGUUUCGAGGGCGACAAGGAUGUGGUCUAUUUGGCUUUUCGGACGGCUUGAUUUCGAAUUCAUGGCGAGUAUAUGUGCUUAUUACGAUGCGGAGCUAUACGCUGCAGCUCAAUCGGUGUAAUGAAAUUAGGUAUGAUCGAAAGCGAGAAAAGCAGCUUAUAAAGGCUGUUUUCGAUAACGAGAUUAGAGGUGUAUACUUACAUCACCAUUCUUUAUGCAUAUAGCUUAUCAUAAUCGCUAGUUAUGCUGAUCUCGUUGUAGUUGAAUUCUCCAAAAUCUUUCUUUUGGCGAUGUAAUGUAGCCUGAAGCGAGGAACAAACGCGUGAAAUUCCAAACAAGCGAAUCAGCGCAAAUAUUCACAUCAGCAUUUUCCGCGAAAAAUUCGCAGUCAACAGCAUCGGCGAAUCGAGCUUGAAAAAUUUCAAACACCGACUCCGUAAUGCGCGAACAAUAUACACGCAGAGAGCUAUGCUCACAGACCUAUAAAAAUCAAUCGAACGCAAUCAGUCGAUCGCUUGCCUGUACGCAUUAAAAUUCAAACGCUUUCAAACAAACAGACACUAACUCCCCCAUUUCUGCAAGUGGAUGUAUGUAUGGACACGAGGAAAAAUUUUACAGGAUAGAAAUCAGUUUCCGUAUACAUAGGUCGCGUCGAGCGUCGCGCAAUAAAACGCUACUCGCAACACGGAUUUCAUUUAAAUCGCUUCGACCUUUCUUUUUGGCUUCGGUCAAAAAUUUUACUCGACAUCCUAUAUUGGCCAGAUGGAGACAAGCGACUUAUCGCCUACGGGUGUAUGUGUGUACAUCGUAAAAAUGAAAAGGGAUUUUUCAUGGCUGCGCGAGCAUAAGCUAUGCUGCUUUAUUGAAAGAGGGAUACGGCUUUGGAUUUUUAAUUUCGACGUAUACUAUUGCUGGGAUAUUGCGACCCGUUGGCUAUAUUUGUUUUAAAAUUUAUAUCGAUAUGCAGGAAAACGUAUUACAGGAAUUUUCAAAAUUUAAAUUCAGUUUAUAUAUCGAUCGGUGUAUAUACCUGCAAGCAAUAUAAAAUUCAACGGGUAAAAUCGGACGUCCAGAAAAACCAGGCGAGUUCACUAAACAAACAAACGACUCUAUACACGGCUAUUAAACUUUUUACGGGCAUCCCGACUGUCUGCGACGAGAUUGAUCGCGGCAUCCGGAAGUUGCAACGUUUAUUGUACCUCAUCUCUGCGUAUACAUGUACAUACGACGCUCGACAUUUCGACCCUACGUUGCGGCCGCAUUAGCGGCUUUACAUAAUAACCGACAGGUCCAUAUAGGACGAUUUGCAUUCGAAUUUUCGAAUAAUCCUCGAGAUUUUGCGGGAAACCAAAAGACGUAUAGUGUUUUGUCUUAAUUAGCGGCGAAAGCACGCGGUGAAUACAAUAGUUCGAUGUUAUUUAUUGAGGGGAAGAAAUCGCGGGGAUGUAUGUACAUGGGGUUGAAAUGCGCUGAUAAUUUUAUGCUUCAAAGUCGGCGCUGACGCGAGGGUGAAAUGGAUUAUAUAACGAGGCCGCGUUAUGGUUGGAGUAGAAGUAAAUCAAUCGGAAGUAUUGUGUUAUAAUUCAUGACCAGCAUCCGCAGAACAUUAAUUUUCCCAUUGAAAUUGUUUCCGUGAAUUUUCUAGUUACUCUGAUUGCAAAUCAUCGCAAAUGAAAUAACGCGCAUAGCUUCAAUACUGUUUGCUUAAUACUCCUAAGCCUCGCGAAAGAGAACGGACGCCUCGGAAAAAACAAAAGCAACGCUAACUACUGUAUCUUCGCUUUUCAAUCCAAAGCAAAUCAGACAGUGUACAUUGUCUAACUUCCCGGAAGAUUCAGCUAAGCGCGACCUGAGCCUCUUCCUCUUCUCUUAGGAGAAAAGCCAACGUGGCGCCGCGAUAAGAGCAACGCGCGAGCGCGCGACUGUAUAACUUUUUAAUCCAAUGAGGCCGAAGCGGAGGCAAAACGUAGGUAUACUGCUCUCGGGGAAAAAGAUUAGAGAGGGUACGUGUAAGACGUUGUUGGGGUUCAAUAUGCUGAGUGAAUGUGCGACGGAGACAGGCCAGGAAAUUUCUUUCCUAUAAAUAUACUUGAUUAUUUUUUGUAGAGCUUGCGUUAAGUUUUUCUUUUCCCGGCGAUUGGGAUGCUUGCCUGCUGUAUUUUAGUGUAAUUUACUGAUAUUUGUGAUAUUUAUGAUAUUUGUGUAUAUUUAUGCAAUGAUAACACGAGUAUUCGAGAAAUAAAUGUAUGAAACUUUGGAGAUUUAUUUUUUAAUCGGUUUUGAAAAUUUGCAGUCACGUCAAAAACUUGUGAACGCGCAGAAGACUCAUUGAAUUUCUGAAAAAACGUCCGAAACGUCAAUUUGACAAACAACAGCAACCGAGUUAUUCCGAAACCCUUCAUCACCCAAAUUCACAACAGUCAAACAAGUGUUAGACACGCACUAUUUAUCAACUUGUAGCUUCCAAAAAAAAACUAAGAAACAAUAUCUCUUUUCGCAAAGAAACAAAUAUAUAUGUAUAGGCGUGAUAACCGCUGGUCGAAAAGUGGAGCAGCGCCGCGCCGCUGACAAUCCCCUUAAAAAGAUUACGGAUAUGUGCAUCAUAAACGACUAACGAGAUAACUGCAGCGCAUUCCUUCCCUUCCGACACUAAAAACCCAGAGACCAUACACACAGUGGAUAAACAAAACUGCGCCGAGUAAACUCCUUCUCUCGCUUUUUUUUCGACUGUGUCUGUCCUUUGUGACGUGCUUUUCAACGCGAUUGUGUAUGUACAUAGACGUAUACAGGUAUAUAGGGAACGAGCUGAAACAUGUGACGAAGAGAAAGAACGACAAGUUUGCCCGCGCUGCUUUCUGCAAUAAAUUUGACGACGUAAUUCGGAAUGAAAAGGCGGAGAUGAAAAACAGUAUAGCGUUAGUGCAGGUGGCGUCUGUUUGUUCGCAUCAGGAGUACUGGCUAUGUAUAGGUAUACUAGGAAUUUUUAUUUAUCACCGGAAGAGUAUACGGUGACGGACGUAUAAAUUAGCAUAUAUAUCUCCUAAUUGCGAGCUCCUGUUGCAUUUUAAAUACAGCCUACUUCGCGAGCUGUAUGUAUCUAUACGAGUGUAAGUUAAACUUGCCGAGACACACGGUUAAAGCGCGGGGUGGGGGAGAGCAAGUUGACGCGCCGGCAAAAAGUUUGGGACGCGCGGAAUUUAUUAUUCUUCGCGCGCGGCAUUUGUUUCACUGUGAUGCAUUGUUGGGAGGAGGGAUUUCUUCUUGACUAAUGCGAGACGUGGAAGGCGAGAAUAUACCUAAGGAGACAUAAAUCUCGGAUUGCUCGGCUGUGGCGUGGAGAGAAAGAUUUUGGACAGUAAGAAUUAUUUGCAUUUUUUUUGUGGAAUGUGAUGACGAACGCGUAAAUUGACAAAUAAACUUCUGCAGCUUGAUCGAUGUUUAAUACAUAAAUUAUAAUUGAAAACGCUAAAGUAAUCGAAAUAAUUUAAACGUAUUUUAAACGUAUCGCCCAUUAAAAGCUUGAAUAAGCAUAAAAAACGCGAGUAACGGCUAGCUCUACACUAUUGUAAUAUCAGAGAGAGAGAUAGGCAAAACUCCGAUACAAUACACUAGAGCUAACUGAACGUACUAAUAACUUCUGACGUGCAGAAAAGUGCAAAAAUUGCAUCGCUGCCAAGUCAAUCAGGCUCUGAGAGGCACUAGUGGCCUUCGAAAGAGCUGAAUAAGAACACCUUAAGAUCGCGGCAUCGAUUGUCGCGCUUAAGCUUUCAAAAUUGCGCGAAAAAAAUCAGUCACCCUGUCGAACCUGAGCGUCGGUGGCGGAAAAAUGACGCGAAGCGAGCUGGACAGCAACGAGGGCGACGAGCGUCUCCGUCGUCUGUCGAUCUCGGUGGUGCGGACACUGUGGGGCGAUCACGAGGGCCGUUGCAAUAACAAGGCGUGUGUGCUGUGCUUGGCGGCACGCGAAGACGAGCAACGUCGAGCUGCCGGGGCUGGACACUCGGCCAUGACGAUGUCGAGCUACCGGGCCCAUGAUCCGCCCGACCACACCUGAGACCACGAGAAUGAGCACGCUAGAAAGUCAAGCCAAGAUUCAACAGAAUCGUGUUCAGCCGUCUUUGGGAAUAUCGACUCAAUACUGCGGAAGCCGGCGUCGACCCUCUCGAUCCCCGGGGCGAUGAAGAGCAGCAGCAUGGGCGGCGGUGGUGGCUGCGGCUCUGUCGGCGAGGACGCGGCGAUCGCCCUGGUGGGUGUGCACUCGGACGGCUAUGGUCGUCCCGGCGGUUGCGCCGGGGCCGGCAUGGACGAGCGCACCCUCUCCCAGGGGGGCGUGCCGGGCGGCAUGGGCAAGGGCACCUCCGGCAGCAUCGGCGCGGCGAGCAAACACAAGCCCAAUGUCGGCUACAGGCUCGGCAGACGAAAGGCCCUCUUCGAAAAGAGAAAACGCAUCAGCGACUACGCCCUCGUCAUGGGCAUGUUCGGCAUCAUCGUCAUGGUCAUCGAGAACGAACUGUCCAGCGCCGGGGUCUACACGAAGGCCUCUUUCUACUCGACUGCUCUGAAAACCCUGAUCUCUGUGUCGACUGUGAUACUCCUUGGCCUCAUAUUUGCUUACCACGCUUUGGAAGUUCAGUUAUUCAUGAUCGAUAACUGCGCGGAUGACUGGCGGAUCGCUAUGACGUGGCAACGUAUAACGCAGAUCUCGCUCGAGCUGGCGAUCUGCGCGGUGCACCCGAUCCCAGGCGAGUACUACUUCCUGUGGACGACGAAACUGGCCAAUAAGGGCGGUGACAUCGGCUCCAAGUGGGUGCCCUACGACGUGACGCUCUCGCUGCCGAUGUUCCUGAGACUCUACCUCAUAUGCCGAGUGAUGCUGCUGCACUCGAAGCUCUUCACCGACGCCUCGUCUAGGAGCAUCGGCGCCUUGAAUCGCAUCAACUUCAACACGAGAUUCGUGUUGAAGACAUUGAUGACGAUAUGCCCGGGUACCGUGCUGCUGGUCUUCAUGGUCUCGCUGUGGAUCAUCGCCUCUUGGACGCUCAGACAAUGCGAAAGGUUUCAUGACGAGGAGCACGCGAACCUGCUCAACGCCAUGUGGCUCAUCGCCAUCACCUUCCUCAGCGUUGGCUUCGGCGACAUCGUACCCAAUACGUACUGCGGCCGCGGUAUCGCCGUCUCUACAGGCAUGAUGGGCGCCGGCUGCACGGCUCUUCUCGUCGCGGUUGUAUCGAGGAAGCUAGAGCUGACGAGGGCCGAGAAGCACGUUCACAAUUUCAUGAUGGACACGCAGCUGACAAAGAGGCUGAAGAACGCGGCAGCGAACGUGCUGCGCGAAACGUGGCUCAUCUACAAGCACACGCGGCUGGUAAAGCGAGUCAAUCCCGGCCGCGUUCGUACCCAUCAGCGCAAAUUUCUCCUGGCCAUUUACGCAUUGCGGAAGGUCAAAAUGGACCAGCGGAAACUCAUGGAUAACGCCAACACGAUAACGGAUAUGGCCAAGACGCAAAACACGGUGUACGAGAUAGUCUCGGACAUGAGCACGCGUCAGGACGCGCUGGAGGAGCGUCUGGUCGGUCUGGAGGAGAAGCUGACGUCGCUACAGGAGCAGCUGGAGAUGCUACCGGAAGCCUUGACGCGCUGCAUGGCCCAGCACGCCGAGCGCCUGGAGCAGAGGCGGAACUUCCUGCACCCGGACACGGCAGCCGGGAGCCUCGCACCUACUCCAGCGAGCGGCGUAGCUUCGGCGGGUCCGCUGCUAGGUGGCACCAUGGUGAGCUCGACCUCCACAGGCGCGAGCUUUCCAGGCUUCGCAGGUAUCGGGGCCAGCGGCUCGAUUCUCGGGCCCACUCCCCUCCAGCAGCAGCAACAGCAUCAGCAGCAACUGGUGAACGUGAGUGGCUCUGGCGCCAACACUCUGCUGCCGCACUCGCGAAGUGUCCCGAGCGGACCGAGCACAGUGUCGCUGCAUCCGUGGCCGGCCUCGCCAGUGCUGCCGCCUGUCUCAAGUCGGACUCCCCACCUGGUGCCUGAGACCGGCACUGGCAGGCAACAACAGUCAUCGCAGCAGCCGAGCACCUCACAGUCGUCCUCGCGGCUCUCCUCGCAGCAGCAGCAGUCUGGACUCUCAGGUCUGGGCAACAGUCAAGGCUCGGACUCGUCACCACACAGCUGAGCCUCGUCUCUGCAGCCGCAGCACUCUUAUUGAGCCCGGGGCGAACUUCGUCGUACUCCUUGCGCGAUCCGGGUCCAACUACCUAUUAUAUACAUAUUACUAUACUAAUCACUCGGUGCGCGAUCUUGUUCUGGUCGUGCGAUUCUUGUUGCUCUGAAAAACGUUCUUCCCAUUCUAUAAGGUCUUUUCUCGUAUUCAAUAUCCCCUGUAUCUUCAAGUUUUACUUUUGCAUAUCUUUGAUUGACCGCAGUGGACUGGCGAUAUUUUUCCGAAUCUUGGGAUUCCCCGAACAGAGUUUUAAUUCUUGUGAUAUUAAGUUGGUAUCACUGCGUUGUCUAACUCUGGUGUUUAUUUGGUUCUUUAUCUAAACUGAUGAGGAUCGGCAAUUCACUGUGCUCACUUCUAUCCCUUUCAUACAUGUUUCAAUACUUAUUUCCCAAUCAAUAGACACGGCGAUAUGUCACAAAGAAAAGUAUACAUGAAGAGAAUAGUGUACAUAAUCGUUGAUUUCGUAGAUUUUUUUAGAAUUUUACUUACAAGAAUAGCUACCGUAAGAAGCUUUAUAUACUAUACCAUUAACGGCCUUUAACGUAGAAUUUUAUUAUUAUUAGUAUUAAUUAGUACGCACCGAAUUUAUUAGAAUUUUUUCACGAUAAACUUUUCUGUGUGCAUAUAUCCGCUAUGCCAGUUUCCGUACUCUAUUUUUUUCUACAUCGCAAGGCAAAGGUUAUUACAAUUAUAAAGUCUCAUAUAUCAUGUUUCUCAUUAUUUUUACUUGUUUAUUUCACGUUUAAAGUCCCUCUAUAUCGUUUUGUCUUGCUUAUUCAUCCAUCUCCCGACAAUAUCCACAAACGAUGUCUUACCGUAAUGGUUCAUUCGUCGAAAGCUAAGAGAAUAGCACGAGAAAAGCGGCGCGAUAGUGACGAACAAAUGAAUGUCGUUAUAUUAAUAAGAAAAAAGAUAUAUAAAUAAAAGGAAUGGGAACGGACCGGAAUCGCGCAGACGCGCGUGCGAAUUUUCCACUUUCUGCGAGCUGCCUCUGCCCAACUUGCGUGCCUGAUCAACGUUACGUACUACUAUGUAAGGACAUAUAUAACAAAAACAAUUUAAAGAAAAAAACGAGUAUCUACAACGCGCGAGCUAUACCUGGUGCUUAUUCGGAAACGAUUUCACGGUUUGUGUGUCGAAACGUCAGCUUUAAUAUGAUAUUUAUAUGAAGAGAUGCAAACGAGAAAUGCAAAAAAUGAGUGAUGAACAUUACACGAGAGAUAUAAAGAAAAGAAGAUAAAAGUGCGAGAUAAAGUGUGCAACAAAAAUAGGAAGCGAAAAGUGCACGUAGUGGAACUUGCCUUUUUUCGUAGUAGAGGUACAUGACAUAUGAUAUGAAAAGUGAUCGCCAAGUGUUAAAACCAUAAAUAGAGACGCUUUCGUAAACGAACGAUUGAUUUAUUGGAAAAGCCUUGGAGUGCUAAUAUCGCGUACAUAUCAGAAAAUUCGAAACGAUGCUAGCCAAAAAUAAAAGGUUUUCGGAGACUCUGUUGGUAAGACAGCUUGACAGCAUUACCUUAUUUUCAUUAUCGAUUGCUGUGUAUAAUAGAAAUAUUUGUUUACGUUGUUAUACUAUUUUAUGACUAAUUAUGUACUAAAUAUGACUUCCACUGCGUUAUAAAUUUGCAUAGGCUUGCGUUAUUACAAGGUUUUGAACCUUUGCUUCAAAUUUUAUUAAGUUUAACGAUAUAACUUUCUGCGUGGAACGUAGAAACUGAAAAAAAAAUCAUGACAGUCGGUAAUGUUUUAAAUUGAAGUCGACAAAUUCGUGGGAAUUCAUAUUACUGACCGAGCCUCCUAAAGCACUGGUACGCCUGCCUCCAAGUGUUCGAACGUGCAACAUUGAGAAUUUUCACGAAUUGGGAGCUAAAAAGUGAGCUUACUCGCUUUAACGUCCAAAGAAUUAUAGACUUUAAGAGAUGCAUCGCUUUAAAACUGCGUAAACAAUGAGAA